AGCGCGGCUGGGAUCUACCGAUUAAUAAUCGCCGUGAGUGUUUCGGCAGCGCGAGAUCGAGCUAGCUUUCUUCGUUGCACAUACCUCAUCUAUAUAUAGUACUCACCAUCAGUUUUCGAUAUAGCUAGCGUCGAUGAGGUUCAUGGUGGCGGCAGCGCUGCUGCUACUGGUGUCGCUGGCUGCGGCGGCGGCUACGACCACAUCGGACAGCAGCGGGACGCCGUACAGGGAGAGGAGCGAGGAGGAGAUGCGGCGGAUCUUCACGGAGUGGAGUGCCAAUUACCGCAAGACCGACACCUCCGCCGCUGAGGAGGAGCGUCGUUACGCCUUGUUCAAGCGCCGCCUCCGCCGCUUCGACCAGCAGAACGACGACUACCCCGCCCUGCCUGGUUGGGCCUGGACGAACAAGAGGAGCGAGGAGGAGAUGCGACGGAUCUUCACGGACUGGAGCGCGGAGCAGGGAAUCAGCGGCGGAGACGAAUUCGACGAAGGGUUCAUGUACGACAGGUUCUGUCACUACCUCCAACGCAUCGAUCUCCAUUGGCACAACGCCGGCUACCCUGCCUGGUCCUGGGACAGGGAGAGGAGCGAGGAGGAGGCGCAGCGGAUCUUCGUGGAGUGGAGGGCUAGGAACGGCAAGACCUACAGCUCCAUUGCCGAGGAGGAGCACCGCUACGCAACGUUCAAGGACGCCCUACGCGAGGUCGACCGGCACAACGUCGGCUACACUUUUGGGGUCCAUGAUAGCAUUGUUGGCAUCAGCAAUCUCGCCGACCUCACCCACGAGGAGAUCAAAGUCGUCGAGGAGUUACGUGCUUAGGGAGUACUUGUAAAAAACCUCCUCAAAUAAAAAGAGACUACUUU